CCCGGCCGGCGGGAUGGAGGGGCCCCCCGGGGGCUCGGCCGCCAGCGCGGCGCCGCUGCGCGCCUCGGAGGUGGCGCGGCUCCGCGAGGAGCAGGAAAAGGUGGUCACUAACUGCCAAGAGAAAAUCCAGCAUUGGAAGAAGGUGGAAAAUGAUUAUAAUGCACUGCAAGAAAGACUCAGCACUUUGCCUGAUAAGUUGUCUUAUAAUAUCAUGGUACCAUUUGGCCCAUUUGCCUUCAUGCCAGGAAAACUUGUCCAUACCAAUGAAGUCACUGUUUUACUGGGGGACAAUUGGUUUGCAAAGUGCUCAGCAAAGCAAGCUGUGGGCUUAGUCGAACAUCGGAAAGAACAUGUAAGAAAAACAAUAGAUGAUUUUAAAAAAGUGAUGAAAAAUUUUGAAUCGAGAGUUGAAUUCACCGAAGAUUUACAGAAAAUGAGUGAUGCUGCAGGUGACAUUGUUGAUAUCAGAGAAGAAAUUAAAAGUGACUUUGAAUUUAAAGCAAAAUACCGAAUUGCUCAUAAACCUCACUCCAAGCCCAAAACUUCAGAUGUUUUUGAAGCAGAUUUUGCAAAUACUGUAAAAUCCAAGGAUUUGCUUGCUGAUAAGGAACUGUGGGAUCGACUUGAAGAAUUAGAGAGACAAGAAGAAUUGCUGGGUGAACUUGAUAGUAAGUCUGGUACUGUGAUCACAAAUGGAGAAGAUACAACAUCAUCUGAAGAGGAAAAGGAUGAACAAAAUGUAAAUGUGAAUAUGAUGCAUCAAGUAAUAGACUCUCUUUCUCCCAGCAAUUACAAGAAUGUGACAAAUGCACAACUGUUCAAUGGCCAAAUGAACAGUAAGUUGAACUGUUCAGUGAAUGGUUCAAAUUCUCAUAGUAAUGAAGAAGAAAACGAAGCAGGAGAAGACGAAGAAGAAGAUGAAGAAGAAGAUGACGAUGACAAUAACAAAAAUGACCAUGAUGCUUUAGAUGCUGAAGAAAAUUCUAUACCAACAAUAUAUUUUUCUCAUACUGUCGAACCUAAGCGGGUUCGAAUAAAUACUGGAAAAAAUACCACUUUAAAAUUCAGUGAAAAGAAAGAGGAAGCCAAACGCAAACGAAAGAACAGCUCUGGCAGUAGCCAUUCUGCCCAAGAGCUGCCUAUGAUCAGGACUCCUGCUGACAUUUACAGAGUAUUCGUUGAUGUUGUGAAUGGAGAAUAUAUCCCACGUAAGUCAAUCCUGAAGUCUCGCAGCAGGGAGAACAGUGUUUGCAGUGAUACCAGUGAAAGUAGUGCUGCUGACUUUGAUGAUAAACGGGGCAUUUUGAGAAGCAUUAGCUGUGAAGAGGCCUCUUGCAGUGAUACUGGUGAAAGUAUUUUGGAAGAAGAACAAAACCACCAAAAGAAACUUUUGCCUUUAUCGGGAACAACAGAGGCUUUUUCUGGAACUGUAAUAGAAAAAGAAAUUUUUUCAUCUUCUUUAAUACCACACCCAGCCAUGACUCAUCCUCUGCUGCCCACCAUCCCAGAACGCAAAGAAGUUCUCUCUGAAGCCUCAGAAGAAACUACAAAGAGAGUUUCAAAGUUCAAAGCAGCCAGAUUGCAGCAAAAGAACUAGUAGAUGAGAAUUUACAUUUUAAAACCUAGUUAAUUUUUUGUAUAUAUAUUAUGUAUCUACAUACAUAAUAUGUAUAUCAUGUGAUUUGAAAAUAACACAUUUUGACUUAGUUUGGCAGCAGGUUCUCAUUCUUAUCAAUGACAUUGAAAAAAAUCAAAGUAAUAU